AUGGCUCCAAAAAAUCAAAAAGACCAACCGACUACGGAUCAGUUGAAGGAGGAAUUGGGCCAAGAAAUCCGGGACAUGCUUGGUCAGUACACGACCGAUUUGGAGCAGCGCCUUGCUGCGGCUAUUGGUCGGCAGGUUGGGGACGUUGUGGCAGCGGAAAUGCAACGUUUGGGGUUUACGGCGAAGAACCCUAAACAGGAACCGAGAGCUAGAGCACCAGAGUCGGAUUCCUCCACAGAUGACGGAGACUCUGAUUCGUCAGACUCUGAUCGUUCGUCGCGGUCUUCUCGCCAAUGCAAGGGCCGUGGGCUGAUGAACGCUCAGCAACGCGCGUCUGAAGUGUACCGGCAGCAGCAGGGGCAUGGUUCCGACAGCCGUCUCAAUCCUCUCUCGAAUUCUGCUCCUCCUGCUUCCCCCGUUGUUAGACAUUCCACCAGCACUGUUUCGGAGUCAGUUGCUGCUGGCCGUCAACAACGUACUGGACUCUGCUGUUUCAAUUGCGGUGAACCAGGUCACUGUCUUGCGGAGUGUACACAGCCCGAAAAGAGGAACCUCCUUGCUGAAAUUCCAGCUCCAACGGCUGAACCAGUUGAGGACACUGAUCCCGUGUAUGAUACAGAUGGUGAGCAGGGUGAAUUGGUGGCCGGUGAUUUGCCUCCAUUGUCCCCUCAAUAUGGAACACCAGUGAUGAUGCUUGGAACGUCAUGGGGACAACAAUCACCCUAUCAAGGAGUCCAGGCACCGUGGCCGGUGACUCCGGGAAUGCAACAGGUGGGAAAUGAAACAAAUAAUACUGUUGCAAGGAAUGCGCAAGAAACGAAUCAAUUGCAGUUGCAAAAUACUACAUUUCCACAGCAAGUUUUACCAAUGCAACAUCAACAAGGAUCAGCAGUGGUUCUAUCGCAACUGAGUGGACAAGAAGGUGUGCCUAGACUAACGUACAUACCACAGGGAACAGCAGAUGUAGGUGACAAAGGAACUGCGGGUGUAACAAUUAAUCAAGGCCCUGUUGGUACGGGAAACAAUCAAGGUGUUGUUGGUGAAAAUGCAAGCCAGCCUGGUCAACAUGUACACGCGACCAAUGACCGCCGUUUUAUAUUAUAUCAGAACCGAGUACCAGGAAAUAAUACUGCAGGUGCAAAUUUGGAUGAUCCACACAUACCUCAAGGCUCUGGUGUUGUGGUUGCUGAUCCGCAAAUUGUUUCACCUCAUCAGACAUUGGAAGAGAAUAGAGAGGAACAAUAG